AUGGAGGAAACUAAGCUAAGGCUUGUUUUCCUCUUUUCUGUCACCCUAAUUCCAAAAAUAUGGGCAAACAUUGCUGAAUUUGAUGAUUUUUGGAAGCAACGUCAAGAAGAAGAAUGGAAGAUUGCGUUGGCCUCUUAUGAACCGACCCCAGAAAAUGUCACGAAUCACCUGAAUUUUCAUGUCAACAAGGUUCUUGAUAAAGAAAGGGCCAAUCAAACCAUAGAAUUUAAAGGUGUUAUAAAUAACAGCACGAGAAGAUCCUUACGAGGUAAACACAAAAGGUACAAAGGUCCGUGUAUGAAAACCAAUCCAAUUGAUAGAUGUUGGCGGUGCAAGAAUAAUUGGGCUAAGAACCGAAAAAGAUUGGCAAAAUGUGUGCUUGGUUUCGGCUACAAAGCUCGUGGUGGAGUGAAUGGAGAAUAUUAUUUAGUGACUGAUAAUUCUGAUGAUGAUGUUGUAAAUCCUAAGCCAGGGACUUUACGUCAUGCUGUGAUUCAAAUGAGACCUUUGUGGAUCAUUUUUGCUCAUGAUAUGCACAUCAAAUUGUCGAAAGAGCUAUUAGUUCAAAGUGAUAUGACAAUUGAUGGUCGUGGAGCAAAUAUUCAUAUCGCAUAUGGAUGUGGUAUCACACUCCAAUUUGUGCACAAUGUCAUCAUCCACAACAUUCAUAUUCAUCAUAUUAUUACAUGUCAAGGUGGCCUAGUCAGAGACUCCACAGAACAUUUCGGUUUACGAACAGUCGCUGAUGGAGAUGGAAUUUCCAUCUUUGGAUCAUCAAAUAUCUGGCUCGAUCAUAUUUCAAUGUCCGAGUGUCAGGAUGGACUCAUUGACGCAAUACAAGGUUCCACUGCCAUCACCAUCUCGAACUGUCAUUUCACCCAUCAUGACCAUGUGAUCUUGUUGGGCGGAAGCGAAGCAUUCGAAAAAGAUUAUUAUAUGCAAGUCACACUCGCAUUCAACCAUUUUGGUAAGGAAUUGGUACAAAGAAUGCCUAGAUGUCGAUGGGGAUUCUUUCAUGUCGUCAAUAAUGACUACACUCACUGGAAAAUGUAUGCCAUUGGUGGUAGUGCACAUCCUACCAUUGUUAGCCAAGGCAAUAGGUUCAUUGCUCCAAAUGACCCCAAUGCUAAAGAGAUAACUAACAGGAACUAUGCACCAGAAUCAGAAUGGAAGCAUUGGUUAUGGACAUCAGAAGGAGAUUUGCUCAUGAACGGGGCCUUCUUCAGAACUUCUGGGACACCUCCAACUUCUGGUUUCAAAUUUAAGAGGAAGGAAAUUAUCAAAGCCAAGCCCUCAACAUUCGUUAGAAGACUAACUCGUUUUGCAGGGGCACUUAAAUGCAAAGAAGGAUCCAAGUGCUAAAAGGAACUCUUAGUUCUAUGAACAUCUACAUCCUUUUUCUUCUUUCUUGACUCAUAAGAAAAAAUCUCCUGUGUAAAAUGUUAACAUGACCUGGGUUAACAUGAUAUA